UAAAGUAAAUGUUUACUUUCAUUUUAAUGUAGAGUAGUGCGCUAUAAAUUGUAAUCAUUCUCGGUUAAGCUAAACUGUAACGAUCUUCUACUACCAGGCAGAUGGGCUACAUUCUGUCAUCCGUCGAUUUUGAUUCUGCAUUGCAAGUAGGACUAGAUCUAAAUCAUCAGACGAAAAUUCAAAGCGUAAUGACUCAAAAUUUAACGCGAGUCAGCUGAUAGAUUUCGAGGUCAUUAGAUAGAACGAUCGCGUCCAGUUGAUGACUAUCACCAUGUCAGAAACUGACCAAAAUGAAGACCCGUCAGGAUCUUUCUUAACGUUGGAAAGUAUUGAUGUCAACAUUUACAGAGCUUCAGCCAAGAGUCUUUGGCGACCAGUGGGUUCCAGGUUUGUCUUUGGUGGACAGGUGGUUGGUCAAGCAUUGACAGCAGCGUUCAAUACAGUACAAGAGCCACUUUUACUACACAGUCUUCACUGUUACUUUUUAAGGGGAGGCAAUAAUGAAAAGCCCAUUGUGUACCACGUGGAUCGUACUCGUGAUGGCAAGACAUACACCAGCCGAAAUAUCAAGGCCACACAAGAUGGUGUUCCCAUAUUCUCCAUGCAGGCCUCUUUUAAAAUAGAUGAGACAGACCCACUGGAACAUCAGUUCACAAUGCCUGUAGUCCCCAAUCCAGAAGAUUUAAUCAGUUCCAAAGAAUAUAUGAAAAACAGAUUAGAAACAGAGGAAUUGACAGACAUCCAAAGAAUGAGGAUAAGCGAAUACCUGACACAGUCCAUCCAUAUAGAAUCCCGUCCUGUAGACCCACUGGUCUAUCACGGUCAGAAACAGGGAGAACCUCGGCGCUAUGUCUGGGUCAGAGCCAUGGAACAUAUAGGUGAUAAUAUGCAGCUGCAGCAGUGUGUUGCUGGAUUCAUAUCAGACUUGGCUCUACUAGGAGCUGCAAGACAGCCAGCCCCUGUUGGGUAUCAAUUGGGGUUUGUUACAUCAUUAGACCACAGUAUGUGGUUUCACAAUCCCUUCCGAGCAGACGAGUGGAUGCUGUAUGAAAUUGAGAGUCCGCAAUGUGGUAAAGGCAAAGCCUUUGCUACCGGCCGGAUGUGGAGGAGAGAUGGCACCUUAGCAGUGUCCAUUGCACAGGAGGGAGUCAUGAGAUCAAAGAUUUGAACAGCAAAAGAAAACUGAGAAUUAUUUUUUUCAAAAUGUGAAAUGUACAAGAAAUAUUCUUAUAUUGCUGUGCAUGCAAGUAAAUAUUGUAUGAUUUUAUGUAGAUAAAUAUGUUUAUUGAGGAA